GAUUUAUUUAUAAAAAUACUAGGAACACAAAUAUAAAAUUGAUUUUGAAAGUAGAUAUGUUGAUUAAGAGAUAUAGUUAGACAAAGUAUAUAUAAAUAAUAAAUAGUUUGAUUACAGUGAUCAACUCACAGCAGUUUGAACCAAACGAUAUUUAGCUUUUUUCUCACAGCUCAUAGCCGAACCAAACGCACCCUUGGUCCAACAAUAUGAAAUAGCAGUUACUCCCUCCGUCCACAUGAUUUAGUUAUUUUGAAUUUAUCCUUAGUUAAACUAUUUAAACUUUGACCAAUAAUAUAUAUAAUUAAAUUGUUUUAAACUAAAAAAUUAUAUAUUAUGGUAGUUCAAAUCAUGAUGAAUCUUGUGAUUUUACUUUUAUGUUGUAAAAUCUAAUGGAACAUCAUGUAUAAUCGGUUAAAGUUGAUAGUGAUUGACUUAGGACAAGUCUAAAACGACCAAAUCAUGUGCACGGAUGGAGUACUAGUAUAUUAAAUUAAUCAGAUAUGAAUUUUUAUCCAUUACAACUACCAUGGGCGUAUAUUAAAUUAUCUAUAGUUUUCAAGGUCUAAAAAGUAUAUUUCAUGUCCAUGGUUAUAAAUACGACGGACUUUGGGUUGAUUCUCGCUAAAUAGAAGGGCUCUUUCAUGUCCAUGGUUAUAUUUAAUUCUAGUGUCCUAAGUUGUCUGGAACUAAAAGACUUUAAUUGUUGUUGUUGUUGUUUUAUAGGUUUUCUCCAAAGAAAAGAAAAACAUUUUUAGCCAUUUUAUUUAUAAAAAAGGGAAAGAACUCUUUUUAAACAUUUUGUUAUUCUGUUCGAUGAACCGAUACAGUUAUAUAAUUUUCUUUGCAGAUCGAAGGAAGAAACAGAAGUUAAUUUUAAUAGUUGCCUUGUCCUGUACAGCCAGCUUGAUCCUUGCGUGCCUUGGUUGGAUGAUGUACCGCCAGAAGAGAAAGGAAGAGCAAAUCACAUCUGCAUCCAACCAAAAGUACAAAAGCUAUGAAUCGAAUAUAAAGGAAAUACUACAAGGUUAUGGUUCACUCGUCCCCAAAAGGUACAAAUACUCAGAACUAAAGAAGAUAACCGGAUCUUUCAAAGACAAGUUAGGUGAAGGCAGCUAUGGGACGGUAUUCAAGGGACAAUUAGAAGAUGGCCGCAAGGUUGCCGUGAAACUACUGAAAGGAUCAAAAGGAAACGGAGAGGAGUUUGUGAACGAGGUUGUGAGCAUCCGUAGGACAUCUCAUGUAAAUAUUGUCAGUUUACUUGGCUUUUGUGUGCACGGACAUAAGAGAGCAAUUGUUUACGAAUACAUGGCUAAUGGUUCAUUGGAGAAGUAUAUACAAUCAGAAGAAACGAGAAUGGCGAUUGGAUGGGAAAAGCUGCGAGAAAUAGCAGCAGGAAUCGCGCGAGGCUUGGAGUAUCUGCAUCGGGGCUGUAGCACACAGAUCAUCCACUUUGAUAUCAAGCCAAACAACAUACUUCUGGACGAAGACUUCAGUCCCAAAAUAGCGGAUUUUGGGCUGGCCAAACUGUGCCAUCUUAAGGACAGUGCCCUCUCGAUGGCCGAAGCAAGAGGCACCAUCGGUUUCAUUGCUCCAGAAGUGUUUUCAAGGGGGUUUGGAGUUGUGUCCACUAAGUCAGACGUAUACAGCUACGGGAUGAUGCUAUUAGAGAUGGUAGGAGGGAGGAAGAACCUUACAGAAAGCACUGAGAAUUCUAGUCAAGAAUAUUUUCCGAACUGGGUUCAUGACCGCUUGGUUAAGGAUUUACAGAGUCAUGAAGUCACAUGCAAGACUGAAGAGAUUGCAAAACAGAUGACCCUUGUUGGUUUGUGGUGCAUACAAACGACCCCAGAAAAUCAUCCAUCCAUGAGCAGGGUUAUGGAAAUGUUGGACAAGAACCUAAAUGAAUUGGAAGUGCCCCCGAAACCAUUGCUUUCGUGUCCCUCGGUGCCAUCUCAUUUCUCAUCCUAAGGGCUUGUUCGUUUCAUCGUUAAUCCACAUGAAUUCGAUGGUAUUGAGUCGGUUUAAAUCAAUAACAAGUCAAACUACAUUCCAAUCCAUACAAUUCACAUGGAAUUGGGAUAACCGAACAAGGUCUGCCAGGAUUCGGUACUCUAACUUGGAUUGUUCUACCAGGAUUCGGUACUCUGGAGAGACUUCGCUUUCAAGUAUCCAACUUGAAAGCAAAUGAUUUGAAGCAGUGGCAGAGCCCUCACCUCCACCCCACCCAACCUAGGGAAGCCUGAGGAGGACUUCACGUUAAAAAGUUGUAAACUAAUGUGUUGCGUCACAUUUAGUAGUACAUAAUACUCCCUCUGUUUCAAGAUAUAAUUCGUUUGACUUUUUAA